AUGGGCUGUGCUGCCAGCAUUGUUCUGCUCCAAGCCUUUCGUUCAGUGGUACAAAGGAAUUGUGUGCAUAUUUGUAGACGACGGCAAGAGGAAUUGUCACAUGAAUUCCUGCCUCUGGAGAGUGAUGAUGAAAUGAGCAGACCCAGAACUCUCAACAUUAUGCAGGAGAAACCUAAACUUUUGGAACCUUUGGAUUAUGAAACAGUAAUUGCAGAUAUUGAGAAGAAUGUUGAAAAUGAUCGUCUGAAAGACCUCUUUUUGUUCCCUGAAGAUGAUUUUUCAAUAGCCACAAUUCCCUGGGAAAUAAGAACACUGUACUCAUCAGUUCCUGAAGAUGCAGAACAAAAGGCGGAAUAUUUAUUUGUUAAAGAGGCAUGUGAAUAUUACAGUUCCCAAUGGCAUACUGUAGACUACAAAUACGAAGAGUAUUCAGGAGAUUUUAGACAUCUACCACAGCAUGAAUAUAAACCAGAGAAACUUCCUUCACAUUCUUUUGAAAUUGAUCAUGAAGAUGUUGACAAGGAUGAAGAUACAAUGUCUCACUCAUCUUCAAAAGGCGGUGGAGGAGGAGGAGGAACUGGAGUUUUCAAAUCUGGAUGGCUUUAUAAAGGGAAUUUUAACAGCACAGUAAAUAAUAGCAUUACAGUUCGGUCAUUCAAAAAGCGCUAUUUUCAACUGACACAAUUGUCGGACCACUCGUACAUAAUGAACUUUUAUAAAGAUGAAAAGAUCUCAAAAGAGCCCAAAGGCUGCAUCUUUUUGGAUUCCUGUACAGGGGUGGUACAGUACCUCACAGAAACAGAAAAAAGUGUUCAAGAAUGUCGGAAUGUAGAUCGGCUAAACCUUUUUUCUUUAGACCCUGACAUUGCUAGCUUGAACAUUCAAAGAAAGGAGUUCACAGAGAUGGAUCGAUUGCUCAAACCUUUUGAAGAAAAAGAGACAAAGCAAAUCAUGAUAACGUGCAAAUCCCUUAGUCUCAAUCUUCAAGCUUGUGUUUCUGAUAAUGAAAAUGAUCCAGUUACCAACAUUGAGCCCUUUUUUGUGAGUGUGGCUCUUUUUGACUUAAGGGACAACCGAAAGCUCUCUGCUGAUUUCCAUGUAGACCUGAAUCCUAUUAUUGUUAGACAUAUGAUAUCAUCCUCAUCAGAAAAUGGAACUGUUGAAACAACUGGCAACAAAGAUGAAGAACCUCAGGUUAAAGGAUUCCCAGAAGAGUGGCUGAAGCAUCCCAAACAGGGAAUUUUCUCCAUUAGUAACCCCCAUUCUGAAAUUGUUUUGGUGGCAAAAAUUGAAAAGGUCCUCAUGGGAAAUAUAGCUACCAGUGCAGAACCUUAUAUAAGAAACCCAGACUCUAACAAGUGGGCCCUGAAAGUAUUAAAAUCCAACAAACAAUUUUGCAACAAGUUGGGAAAAUAUCGGAUGCCCUUUGCUUGGUCUGUACGGCCUGUCUUUAAGGAUAAUCAGGGAAAUAUUGACAGAGAUUCCCGGUUUUCACCUUUGUUCCGACAAGAAAGUAACAAAAUUUCAACAGAUGAUUUAAUUAAACUUAUAAGUGAAUACAGAAGAACUGAAAAAAUUAAUAAAAUUCAGAUCAUCCCUGGAAGUUUAGAAAUUGCUGUUGAUUGGCUACCUUUGGAGCAUUCAAACUCUGUAACAUCAUCUUUUAUACCAAUCAAGCCCUUCAAAAAUGUCAAGGACUAUCAACCAACCGUAGAAGUGGAAGAAUUUGUUCAAGAAUCUACCAAAUAUUCUCAGGCUUAUAAAAUAUAUAAAAACCAAAUGUAUAUCUAUCCCAAGCAUCUGAAAUAUGAUAACCAAAAAUGCUUCAACAAGGCACGGAAUAUAACAGUGUGUAUUGAAUUUAAAAACUCAGAUGAAGAAGGAGCCAAGCCAGUGAAGUGUAUCUAUGGGAAGCCUGGUGGACCAUUAUUUACAUCAGCAGCUUAUACAGCUGUGCUACAUCAUUCACAAAACCCUGAUUUCUGCGAUGAGAUAAAAAUUGAACUGCCGACACAACUUCAUAAGAAACAUCAUAUUCUAUUUUCAUUUUAUCAUAUUACCUGUGACAUAAAUGCAAAAGCUAAUACCAAAAAGAAAGAGGCCCUGGAAACCUCAGUGGGAUAUGCUUGGCUGCCUUUGCUAAAAGAUGAUCAACUAAUAUCUCGAGAACAUAACAUACCAGUCGCAACCAUUCUACCUCCCUCUUAUUUAAAUCUUCAGGAUCCUGCAGUUGGGAAGCAGAGUGGAAGUGAUGUUAGGUGGGUGGAUGGAGGAAAGCCCCUCUUCAAAGUGUCACUGUUUAUUGUAUCUACUGUUUACACUCAGGAUCCAUAUCUGAAUAGAUUUUUCCUGCAGUGCCAGAAAAGAAAGAGAGAUUUCUCUCAGCCACCUACCUCAAGUUUUAUCAUCUCCUGUAAGAAUUUACUUAAAAUUGAAAAGAUCCAUGUCGUUGUGAAUUUUCUUCCUGUGAUUCUGAACCAGCUGUUCUGGGUUCUUAUACAAAACAAAGAGGAUGAGGUAACAACUGCUGUGACCAGGGUCUUUGCUGAUAUUGUGGCCAAGUUCCAUGAAGAAAAAUUAGAUCACUAUAUUCAAUCAUAUGUAAAGUAUGUAUUCAAAACUAAGACAUUUGAAGAACAGACUGUUCAUGAAGAACUGGCCAAGAAUAUAACUAAUCUUUUGCAAUCAAAUGAUCAAAGGACUGUGAAGCUUGUUCUAAAGCACUCCUGGUUCUUUUUUGCAAUUAUAUUAAAAUCAAUGGCACAGCAUUUGGUUUAUACAAAGAGAGUACAGAUUCCUCGUGCUCAGAGGUUUCCAGAAUCAUACAAAACUAAACUAGAUAAACUUGUAAUGAACAUAUCAGAUCAUGUUAUUUGGAAACACGUAGAAGCUUUUGAAGAGACAAAAAAUGCAAGUCACAGCGUUGGCAGGUUUCUGAAGCAAUGUUUCACAUUCAUGGACCGUGGAUUUGUAUUUAAAUUAAUUAAUAAUUAUAUAAGCAUGUUUGGACCAGGUGAUGACAAGAUUUUAUUCCAGUAUAAAUUUGAUUUUCUUCAAGAAGUAUGUAACUAUGAACACUUCAUUCCUCUCUGCCUACCCAUGAAAUCUGCAAACAUUCCAGAUCCAAUCACACCAUCAGAAGCAACCCAGCAGUUUAAUGCAUCAGAUGUUCCUGAAUAUAUUGUAACAAAUGAAUUUUGCCGGAAGCAUUUUUUAAUUGGAUUACUUCUUCGAGAAGUUGGAUUUGCACUCCAAGAAGACCAGGAUAUCAGACACAUGGCCCUAGCCAUGCUCAAAAAUCUGAUGGCAAAACAUUCCUUUGAUAAUCGAUAUAGAGAUCCGGAGAAGCAGGCAAAAAUAGCAAACUUGUAUAUGCCUCUUUAUGGGAUGCUUUUGGACAAUAUGCCAAGGAUAUAUCUGAAAGAUAUGUUUUUAUUCAGUAUAAAUACAUCUAAUCAGGGAUCUAGAGAUGAUUUGAGCACCACUGUAGGAUUUCAGAGUCAGACAACAAUGAAACAUGCAAAUUCAAUAGAUACUUCUUUCUCCAAAGAUGUUCUUAAUUCAAUUGCAGCUUUUUCAUCAGUAGUUAUUCCUGCAGCAAACCGUACUGACUCCAGAGGUUCCCUAGGAAGUCUUGACUCUAAUCCAAGUACCAAUGAAAAGAACAGUGAAAUAAAUGAAGCCUGUGAGAAGAUUGUAAGGCCAUUGUCUCUGAUUGGAUCAGCUCUUCGUUUUGACAAAUUAGAUCAAGCAGAAACAAGAAGUCUCUUAAUGUGUUUUCUUCAUAUUAUGAAAACAGUUUCAGAAGAUACACUGAUCUCAUACUGGCAGAAGGCACCAUUUACAGAAAUAACAGAUUUUUUCGGCAUUUUAGAGGUUUGCCUUCAGAAUUUCAGAUACUUAGGAAAACGAAAUAUAGUAAGGAAAAUUGCUGCUGUAGUUAAGUUUUCUCAGACCACCCGAAAUAAUGGAACAUUGAAAGGCUCCAGUUCAUCCUGUCAAACCUCUGGGCUUCUUCCACAGUGGGGACAUUCAGCUUCCAGCAAUGAGGUUCACAAGCAUCAUAGAUCUCAAACUUUACCAAUAAUACGUGGGAAAAAUGCCCUUUCCAAUCAUAAACUCUUACAGAUGAUAGAUAGUACCAUUCCAAGCACUUCUAAUGAAAUAGAUCUUGUGAGUUACGUAGAUACGGAAGCCAACAUUGCAACAGAAGUUUGCCUUUCUAUACUCGAUCUGUUAUGUCUUUUCAUUCAGCAUCAUCAGAGACAACUGCAACAGUCAGAUUGCCAGAAUACAAUGAUGAAGAAAGUCUUUGAUACUUACCUGUUAUUUUUACAAAUCAAUAAUUCUGCAGCAGCUCUCAAGCAUGUAUUUGCUGCUUUGAGAUUGUUUGUGAGUAAGUUUCCAUCAGCAUUCUUCCAAGGGCAAGCUGACUUGUGUGGAUCUUUCUGUUAUGAGAUACUUAAGUGUUGUAAUCACAGAUCACAAUCAACACAGAUGGAAGCCUCUGCUCUGCUUUAUUUUUUCAUGAGAAAGAACUUUGAAUUUAAUAAGCAAAAGUCAAUAGUAAGGUCUCAUUUGCAGCUCAUCAAGGCUGUAAGCCAACUGAUUGCAGAUGGAGGGAUUGGAGGUUCUCGAUUUCAGCAUUCUUUGGCAAUUACAAAUAACUUUGCUAAUGGAGACAAACAGAUGAAAAACAGUAACUUCCCAGCAGAAGUGAAAGAUUUGACCAAACGCAUAAGAACAGUUUUAAUGGCUACAGCUCAAAUGAAAGAACAUGAGAAGGAUCCGGAGAUGCUUGUGGACUUACAGUACAGCUUGGCAAAUUCAUAUGCAAGUAACCCUGAAUUACGUAGGACCUGGUUGGAGAGCAUGGCCAAAAUUCAUGCAAGAAAUGGAGACUUAUCUGAGGCUGCUAUGUGUUACGUCCAUAUAGCUGCCCUUAUUGCUGAAUAUCUGAAGAGAAAGGGUUACUGGAAAAUGGAAAAGAUUUGUACCUCUCGUCUGUUCCUGGAAGAUGCUGAACUCUCUGAUAAUAAUAUCUUACUAACAACUCACCCUGGAGGAAGCUUGUUUUCAAUGGGAUGGCCAGCUUUUCUCAAUAUUACACCAAAUAUUAAAGAAGAAGGAGCAAUGAAAGAAGACUCUGGAAUGCAAGAUACACCAUACAAUGAGGACAUCCUUGUGAAACAGCUGGAAUUAUGUGUUGACUAUCUCUGGAAAUGUGAAAGAUACGAACUCAUUGCUGAAGUUAACAAGCCAGUUAUUGCUGUAUUUGAAAAACAAAGAGAUUUCAAAAGGCUGUCUGAAUUGUACUAUGACAUCCAUAGAUCUUAUCUGAAAGUCGCAGAAGUUGUGAAUUCUGAAAAGCGCUUAUUUGGACGAUACUACCGUGUGGCAUUUUAUGGUCAACUUAAAUCUGUUCCCAUUCUAAUGGAAGCAGGUUCAGCUAUGUGUUUAUCUGAAAUGCCCACUGCAAACAGCCUUGCUCCAUAUGUCCUGGCAGAACAAGCAAGGUUUCCCAAACUGCAAGGUGUACCUCUCUUGGCAAAGCAUAGGACUAGCCAUUUAUUUCCAUAUGUGAAAAAAAGAAUACAAGUUAUAAACCAGACCAGUAUAGAACUGAACCCCAUAGAAGUAGCUAUUGAUGAGAUGUCCAAAAAAAUUUCAGAACUCAAACAACUUUGCACAAUGGAUGAGGUAGAUAUGAUUCGACUCCAGCUGAAACUACAAGGAAGCGUCAGUGUCAAGGUAAAUGCAGGACCAAUGGCUUAUGCUCGAGCAUUUCUUGAAGAAACCAAUGCUAAGAAAUACCCAGAUAACCAAGUUAAACUUCUGAAAGAAAUAUUCAGACAAUUUGCAGAAGCAUGUGGACAAGCUCUUGAAGUUAAUGAACGCCUUAUUAAGGAGGAUCAGCUGGAAUAUCAGGAAGAAAUGAAAUCUCAUUACAAGAACAUGCUCAGUGAGCUGUCAGAGGUUAUGAAUGAACAGAUCACUUACAAGGAGGAUUCUGCAAAGCAUCCAGGAGUGGAAACACAUUAUUCCCAUGCAAUCAGUAGAACAAUCACUGCCCCACCUGGAUCACUGCUUUCAUCAAAUGCAGAUAUUUCAUAAUUGCCUUUGAUUAUGAACUGGAAAACUUUGGCGUUAUUUUGCAAAACAAUGUAGGCAAAUUCUGGAGGAUACCAUAACAGUGUUACAUUAUUAUUUUUUAUUUAUUGAACAAU